AUGCCUCCUGCGGCCCACGACGACGGCGCAUCGGAGGCAUCCUCGUCUAGCUCGAAGGGCAAAGGGAAGGCGCGGCCUGCUCGGGUUCCCGAAGCAGUCCCGCUCAGCGAAGUCGAGCCACUCGCCGAGUACACAUGCCCGGUGUGCUUCUCUCCGCCGACGAACGCCACGAUUACGCCAUGCGGCCAUGUGCUCUGCGGCGAGUGCCUGUUCACGGCGGUGAAGACGGCCAUCCAACGCGGAGCGUACACACUGCCGCCGGGCGAGCGGAUGGUUGCGAGGUGUCCGGUCUGCCGAGCACCGAUUCCCGGUUGGGACGGACGGGGUGGCGGAGUCAUUGGACUGAUCCCCCGUGCUGUGUUUAGUCUGUAG